GAGCAAUGCAAUUUUUAUUUAAAGUGCGCUUAGUAAACAAAUGAUCAAAGUCGUCGUUCGAUCGUCUCCUGUCCAUCUUCAUCAUACGUCAGUGAUCGUUUGUUUAUUUUUUUUACUUUAUUAAUAUUUUCCAAUAAAAUGGAAAUUUCAAUACAAUUAGAAGAGGCCGCAUUUUUGAUGAAAGGUUGGAGGGAUAGUUUUGAUGUGAUCGGUUUCGACCCGGUGCCGAUAAUGACCAGGUUAUCGGAAAUGUUGGAGAACGGCGCCUACGUGAUUAUCAACAAACUGGAUGCCCAACUAAAGAACAAACUCUUGUACGAGUAUAUGGAGGUAGCUCCCGACUACACCUGCAGUUUGAACAGCUUCAGAAAUAAUUUGAUCACUGCUUCCUUGAGAAUGGCCCUCGGUAUUUCCGUUGUAAACGGAUAUUACCUCUUCACGCAACCCCAAACCAGCACCAUACGCAGGCUGAUCUGUCUGUCGAUGGUACCCAUAGAGCCGAUGCAGUCUUACGCAAUCGGUUUGUUAGCUAUUGCCAUGGAUACUGUGGAUACGGUGGAGUACUACAGGAUGGAGAACAGCAAACUGAUGCCAGUCUUCUUUAACAAGCUGAGAAGACUGAACGACUUACCCGAAUCAGAGUUCGGGGUUAAACACGUCAUAUCAGAAUUCCCAUUAUCCAGGAUGAUGCAGCAAGCCUUCAUCCUCCGAUUCUUAACUGCUAUGAAAUCCGACUUAUUCUGCAACAUGCACUUAGAAACCGUGAGCCAAAGCGAUAACUUGAAUUUGAUUUUAAGCUAUUUAACCAUAGAAGAUUCAUACGAUGAACGCUUGGUCAGCGAAACUCUAAAAUACCUGCUCACCUUGAUGGAUUGCGAGGAUUUUUGUUACACAUUUUUGGCACAUGGAGGAUUGGAGUGCAUCCUAUACAUUCCCAGAGUAUCGAUCCUCAACAACGAUUUAUCCAUGGUCAUCUAUACUUUGUUACAGUACGAAGGAGUCAUGUAUACGGUGUGCAAUGCGCGAAAGGCUUGGCUCGGAUGUUUAAUCAGUAUGGUGCUGUGGUUGCUCGAGGAUUGGGAGUUUGUUUCGACGAAACAGAACAACUACAUGGCAUUGUUCUUGGCCUGCAAUUUUCGCUUCAUAGGUCUGCUGAAUGAGUUCGAUGCGCAUUGCGGUUUAACGAAAUUGCACAGCAUGUUGGCCGUUGUAGCUGAUCAGCCUUUUUCCAACAAGGCCAGUCUCGAUCUGUGUGUAGCCUACAAGAGUUAUCUGUACACGCAUCUGGUGGUGAGGUGUCAGCAGCCGCAAAUAAAAGUUGAUAAAUCUUCAUUGGAGCAUUCGAAUUCGAUGAUGGAGAUGAUUUUAAAAGAGGAUAACAUCGAAUGGAUGCCGGUCGAAUACCUUUUGCAACUGGGAAGUCUAAAAUCGAUCCUGAAAAUUAUAUACCAAUCCUCGUAUCACUGUGCUCCUUUGGAAGCGGAUAUCAUGAAGAUCGAAUGCGCUUUAGGUGUGUUAGCCAUUGCUUCUUCAGUGCACAGUGUUAAAAUUUUAUUAUCGGAAUCGAUGGAUUUUGCGAACGAACUGUUAACAGGCUUAGAUGUAACAUUGAAAGUCGCGAUGAACUGUGGUUUUGAGAAAAUCGCCCUUCGCAUCAUUGUGAAUUGCAUUUGCGGCCCGAACGGCCCUUCAGAUAGAAUGUUAAACCUAGUUCGAUUUAGUCAUGGAUUCAUGAUCUUAGUGGAUGUUCUGAAAGAGACCGAAGACGAAACGAAUGAAGUUCUAAAGAAGUUGGCGAAACGUGCUCUGAAAGUUUUAUUGAAAUUCGACGAAAUAAAGCAAAUAGUUUCUAAAAUUUUACCAAAAGAUAUAUACUGUCUCGAAGGGAACGAAGAGUCGUUCAUAAAAAAAUCAAACAUCCUGGAAAUACUGUCCAAAUUUCAACUGGGUCUUCACACACGCACCAAAGCUGUCUCUUUGUCAAAACACAUAAUCUACUCAAAAUAUGCCCCGUUGCAAGUCUUUAAAUUACAGAAAAACAACUAUCCUCUCUUCACGUGCGCAAACUUCAUGAACAACGCGAACACCUUAGUUACGGCUGAUAAUAAAGGAGAGGUACGAAUCUACAAUCUCGAUACGAAAAGGAUUGACAAGAUUUUCAUCACGGAAGAGGGAAUUGAACAGUUGGAGGUCAGGCAUGGAGGUGGAUAUAUUCUUCUGAGCAAAGCUAAUCAGUGCACUCCGACACCGUCGGAUUCGUUCUUAUGUUGUAUAAAAUCGCAUUCCUGUAAGAUUUUCAAAGGCCAGAGUUUCAUGGAAUUUAAUCAUUUUGGUGAACAGAAUAUGGUUUUAGGAACGUCUUGGGGAUGUGCUACGAUUUUCGAUUUGAACGUUUCAGGGACCGCAGUUCAGAAAUUCCGGCCAACGUUCAGCAAUCAGUACAGUUUUAACAAAGCUACGUUUAACAUUGACGAUCGUCUCCUUCUAUUUGACGGUGUUCUUUUUGACGUGAUUUCCGGCACCGAAAUCCAUAGAUUCGAGAAACUGAAUCUCAUACAGAAUGGAGUUUUCCAUCCCAACGGAUUAGAGACAAUUAUAAACGGAGAGAUUUGGGAUCUGAGGAAUUUUGGGUUAGUAAAAACCGUGGACAAUCUGAAAGAUCGGAAGGUGCUCUUUUCACCGCACCAGCAGAUUAUUUAUGGAACGUCCUUAGUGCAACAGGAAGCUUUCACAUGUUCUAUGACCUCUAACUUCACAACUCUGGAUGCUCAGGACUACGAGUCUAUAGGAAAUAUUAUCGUGGCAGGUGGGAUUAGGAAUGUGGACGUAAACAGAAGCAGCAGUUUGGUGGCCGUUGUCGAGUGGAAAGCUUGGAACUCCGAAGUUAGGAUUUACGGAGCAGGACUGAAUUGGAACGAGGACUGCGCUUGAAUUUUAUUGAAGAAAAAAACGUUUUAUUUUUUUGAGAUGUCCUUGACGAGUGUUUAUUGUAAAUAUGAUUACUUUUAAAUGGAGACACGUUUAAAUUGAUAGCAUCUAAAGGUAUAUCUAAUACGAAAAUUAGUUUUUAAUAUUUUGAAGACCUUUAUAAAAAAUACUAUCUUUAAUAGAACAUUUAGGCAAUGCCAGGACUAGAGUGAAAGAAUCUAAAGAAAUCAAAGCAAUUUUAUUAUUUUGAAGCUAUCUAAAAAAAAAAUUAAUGCCAAAGUAUUUUUAUCCAUUUUUAAGACCUUAAUUUCUCAAAAGUUUUGUUGCUGUAAUAUAAUGUGGAUGGUUCUUAAGUACAAAAUCUGUAAGAUAAUUUUCUAAUUAAAUAUGAGUGUUUUGUAAAUUA